CGAAUUCAGACUUAGACGUAAUCAAUCAAACAAUUCAAUAGCGAAGGAACAAUAUCUUUGACACUAUCUUGUGAUAUUUCGACCCUUUCCCAUCGAAAGACAACCAACCAUUAUGGAAAAGAUUUCUCGUUCAGAAGCACACCAUGCCAUCCCUUCAGGUCGUGUAUCAAUUGACAAUGUGAAGCAUUUGGCAUCUUACAACUGGCUAGAGAAGCCAUCGCCGACAAUUGUUGUGCCAGGCAGCCCAAAUCUCUGGCUGGCGCCUGAGGGUCUCCGACGUGUGAAGAAGGAUUCCGGCCAUAUAUAUAUCAAUCAGAACGCGGCUCGUCAUUCGGAUAGUCCUCUCGAACCGCUCUUCCAAGCUUUGAACACCACGAUGCCUUCAUACGAUGUCUUUUCGGCUGAUGUUGUAACUGAUCGGAACAAUCUUCGCAAAUUAUUUGAAUUUGCAGGUCGUGAUAAACCUGCGCACGAAUUGGAACCGUUCACCAUGGAAGUUGAGGUUCUUGGAAACACCGCGUUCGUGUCUCGCGUGGAAACGAGCAACUCGGAUACCAUACAACCAGACCAGUUUCGAGGAUUUGGCCAUGAAUAUGGAAAAGCCGUCACACAGAUCCAAGUCCAAGGAAGCACUGGACAUUAUAGAAUCAUUUCAUACAAUCUUGGCGGGUUGAACUUCAUCAUCCGUCAUGAAUUGCAGGGGUUCGUGGAUGAUGAUCUUAUCAGUUCAGUGCCUGACAGCUUAGUGAAGCAGACGGAUCAGCUUCCAAGAAAGAUGGACUGCUUGUCUAUAGCAGAUCGCCAUUCCUUCGCCUCCACACCAAUACCGUUGACCGUUCAAGAGUUGGGUCGGAAUGUGCCGAUCGAACAAACGCUCGCAAUCAAGACACGCGGACUGCAUCGAGAUCUCACCAUAAACGAACUUGCUCCGCAGCUUUGGAUCUCUCAAACUCCAAAACUUGUGCGAGCCUAUCAUGAGAAAGGCACAUUUCGACCUACACACCCAGAAGACAUAUCGAAACAGAUCAAGGAAUGGGAGAACAAUAGUCAAGAACGACUCAAUAUAUUCAUCACCCUUAUUCGCAAGAUUCUUGAGGCUGUGAAACGCAUCGGAGGCAGAGCGACUGUGAAGUACGAUAUACAGCACGAUGAACUGGCCAUUUCGGAGCUUUCUACACGAAGUCUCUUACCGGAGGAUAUUCGCUCAAAAUGGAAAAAUCCACCAUCUGGAAUGUCAAACGUGAAGCCACCAGCAGAAUCAAAGACAACACAGACAAACAAAGGGAUACCGAAAAUCACCGUCGAGGUUGGGAAGAUUGAAUAUCUCAUCAAUUUGAAGGAAAUGCCUUUUUUUAAGUCACUUAUGACUCCAGAACAGCUGAUGAAUCCUGACUCAGCUGUCCUUCUAAGAUACGAUGACAUCCCCUUCUUUGCUGAAAUAUAUUGUGGAUUGACGAAAGGCCCUAGACAGAUUUUUCGUUCUAUACCUCCUAAUCUGGACGAAUAUCGUGUCAUUUGUCGAUCUUUGGAUUUCCUUUCCGUAGAUCUUCUCAAAGGCAAAACUUUGCGCACAGUCAUGGAUGAUUUUAGAAGCGGAAAGAGUGAUUGGGAUGCAGAAGAGAGACAUCGAAUUUCUGGACAGAAAAGUCUAGCCCGAGAUUCAGCAUUUCGUCUCAUUUAUCUGUUCCUCUCGGAACGCUCAAAUCUGGGGCUAAAAGAUAGGGAUGUGGCUUACAAUGCUGUUCUUUUUGUGAUUUCACAUUCUGGCAUAUUUUGGCUCAGGGCACGGAAGAUGGUGCGUGAAGCUCAUGAGGCACGCUUCCCAGUAUCCGAGAAGCAGAGAAAGUCAUUGGAUAAGUGGCCGCUUGAAAUCCACGGCGGGGAAGGGUUAGAAGAGGAAGAUGACACCCCGGCAUCUGGAUUCUUUGAUUAUGAUUCAGAUUGGUCUUUCUGAAUAUCUCUCUUACACUAAUUCUUUUUGAUCAAAUUAUUCAAUCAAGUAUAUUCGUAAUAUGCAGACAGAGAAAAUAUUGUAGCACAUACAGACAAUACCGACAUAGAAAUGGUUAAAGGCGUAUGGGAAAAUGAAAGUUAUCA